AUGAAGGUGCUGCUUUUAAAGGGUGAGUUGAGGAGUGAACUGGUUUGCGUCGGAGCGAUGGUUUUGCUUCAAUCAGAAGAAAGCGAAAGAAAACUUGGGACGCACAAAGCAAGGGUUGAAAAUUUGAGGCCACUGAAGGAUGAGAUUGACACACAAGCUCAACAUGCAUACACAUCAUCCAAUCUAUAG